AUGAUUAAAGAAGACAUCUUGCGAAAGAUGGACUCUUUCCCAUGUCCAGUCAAGAUCUGCUGCGUCAAGUUCCUGCAGCGCGUCGUUCAAGUUCAGACACCAGGACUGAUUUCAGACCCAAGGAAAACCGUAUACUUACCCCGUCUUAGUGAUGCGCUAAUUGUCAAUGCAACUUUGAACUGUCUCUCACCACUCGUCCGUACUCGCCAGUCUAUCGCCAACAAGAUCAUCAAUACCGUUCUUGAGUUUUUCCCAACUAAACAUGUCCGACCCCCAUUUACGCCAAUCGUCCGAGUCAAUGUCAAAUCCAUGGAGCGUACAGCGAGGGCCUUACUUGUCAACAUAAUGAAGAAGAACCCGAACCACCCUUACGUGGGUAAGAUGCAGAUGUACAUUGAGCGUCUUAUGCAAUCCAGGCUGGAGGAAGUAGAUGACGCAUCUCGGAAACGUGCAUUUCCCAUUGAACCGACAGACGGUUUAGACACCGCAAAGCGUGCCCGUUUGGAUGCGCUUACUCCUCCACUGCUCAAGAUUCCCCCGCUACCUCCAGGACCUACGAGCUACGAUCAGCUAUUUACAUUAACCCAGGACGUCGCACUGUCCUCAUUUGAUGUCAAACAGCUUCCUGUCGAGCUCGUCAUGAAGAUCACGCUGCCUCUACUGCAACACGUUAACCCGUCUACGCUUACACAAGCUGUUGAUGCCGUCCGGAAUCGAUUAGAGACCAUAACAAAAGAGCAAAAUCUGAAGCGCCAACAACAGCAGAACGCGACCUCACUCGACGAUGACGAAGAUUAUGAGCCAGAUUAUGAGCCCAUGGAUGUAGCAGAAGGCGCCGAGGGCGAGGGCACUAUUGCAGCAGAUCAAGUAGCAGAGCUACAGCCAGAUCUGGUAUCAUUGGGUCCAUUCGUCCUGCCUCAGCCGUCACCUCUCGGCGAAGAAGAAGCCGCCGAAGUCGGCCGCAGUGCCGUUUCGCGCGUUUUCAGCAUGAUUCACUUGGCUGAGACCGCUCCAGCAUCAACAGCCUCUGGCAAAAACAAAAGCCAACAGCUCGGUUUCUCCCGGCUGGCCGGAAGCACUUUUGAUCGAGAUGCUUGGGUCGUACUCCUUACGCGCCUUGCCACUCGCGCCCCAGCUGGCCUGGAAGCAAGUGAUAAGAUUGGCAAAGGGGAAUCGGCGCUUGCAUCUCGCAAAACAACGAUUUCAGAUUCUAUUCGCGAGACGCUUUAUCGAUACAUUUUGGAGGACUUUCGCGGUCGUCUUAAUAUCGGUAUCACUUGGCUCAACGAGGAAUGGUACAAUGAUAGAGUACAGAUGAAGGCAGCAGCGACGCAACGUGAUGAGAGCGAGGAGUCAGACUCGGAACCGGUUGUCGCGCUUCAUUAUGAUUACUGGGCGACACGACUCUUGGAUGGAUUUUUGCCAUACUUGGAUUCGAAGGAUAUUAAGGUCUUGGUGCGCUUCCUCAGCGAAGUACCCGAAAUCACUAUUCCCAUCACUCAGCGCAUUGCGAGUCUCGCAAAGGACCCCGAACGUGUGAAUCUCUGCGUUCAAGCCCUUAUGUAA